AUGGAACCAUCCACGGCUACUUCCCGUGGUCCGUCGUCAGUGACUUCGUCGCGCCGGUCGAGACGCCAUCAUCGUUUCGGUAGCCGCUCUCACGCUGGCGGUUCGUCUCACCCACAACUAAAUGAGUUCCCCAUCUUCUCUACCACCGGAGAUGUGGAGAUAGUGAUUCGUGCGGCGGACCAGGAGCGCAGGUACCUUCUGCAUCGACUGAUACUGGCGCAGAACUCGGGUUUUUUCGAGGCUUCGACGAGUGACGAGUGGUCGAGCGUGCAGGCACAACGCGAGAUCUCUGCGGCAGCUCCCACUGCUAAUAUAUCCAAUCGACCCGGGGUAGAUGUGACUAGUCAGCCAGGGCUGGAAGUCGUGUAUGAGCUUGGUGAGAAUCAUGACGAGGAAGAUGAAGACGAUGUGCCUCGGACCAGUGUCGAGUCAAGAAGGUCGUGUACGCAUCGCAAUGGUGUACCACCGACAAAGACGAAAUGGAGGUACGAGCUGGACUGGGAGAACAGGGAAGGGGAUGAGGUGCCUAUUCUCGUGCAGAAGCCGCCGUGUAUUAGCAGCUCUGUGUUUGGACAGGCUGCGCAGCAGACUCACCCACCGCUACCGAGUCGAAACAAGCCUCUACCUCCUCAGCAAGGGUUCUUUCGGUCAAUGGCAAAUCUGACGGGGAUCCAAUCUGCUCUUCACUUGCCUCUGGCUACGCAGCCCGAGGAGGCUGCACCGGUCGACCCUACGAUCCGUGACUACGACAACCUCUUUCGUAUCUUUUAUAACUACGCGCCACAGUUAAACCCGCACAAUAUCACCAUAGCGUAUUCUCAGUGUAAGUCGUUGAUUGCGCUGGCUGAUAUGUAUGACGCCCUAACCGUCACCGGCCCCCGGGUGGACUAUCAUCUAUUGCGCUUCUCCUCUUCACUAUACAAGCAUAUUGCGAAAUUUCCAGCAAGCUACAUCAGGCUUGGAUACCAGGCCCGCAGCCGUGUUAUUUUUACAGAAGCUCUUAUUCAUAUCGUGGGUGACUGGCCUGUCUCUCUGCCACUAGUUGGCCGAGACCACAAGUCGCCACUCCCGGAUGCAGUACUAGACUUGAUAGAAGAUAAAGUCGAAGAUCUACAAGACGCAAUCAGAAGGGCGGAAUCGAAGCUUUUCCGUCUGACCCUGACGACUUCACGGGGCGAACGAGUUACUCCCUUCAAUAACUACCUGGACUGGCUGGCCGUCUCCCUAUUCCGGCAAUGGCUGGUUGAUAACACGACGCCUCCUCCGUCAUCGAUAUUAAAAAGUCCUGCUGCUCCUACAUCAACGCGGAGCACUCCGAGAGAGAGUAGAAGUGCCAACCCUUCAGCUUCAACCCGGAACCUAUCCACCGUUGGCGGAAGCAGCGGCAGUGGACGGCAACAUAAUACUUCCAACUCAGCCUCAUCCCGUCGCUCAAACACCAACACCACCGCUGCCCGCCCUUCUACCGGAAACUCGACCGCCAAUGGGACCGAUACCAAACCGCAAGUUCCCUUCUGUAUUGGCCGAACAUACAGACUCAUCGGAUCUUCCAACUCGCAGGCUUACCUAACCCACGAUGAAAUCAAACGCUUCCUUAAACUCCAUCCAACCUCCUACUCUCGCGAAAAUCUAAAGAGAUUCGAGAGCAAAAUGGACGAACUGAAACGUCUUGCAAAGGAAAUUGUCAAGCCGCUAAUGCGAAACUUUCUCGAGCUGGACUUGAAAAGCUCUUGCGGCGAAGGUGAUGGAUCAUCUUCUAGGCCACUAGUGACCUAUUUGACUUGUACGAGAAUCGAGGAAGCUGAUCUUCCUUGGUAUUAA